AGAGCUUUUACUGAUGUGAUUUGUUUUGUCAACACUUGUCGGACAUAUCAUUGUGGAAAUAUGGUGUAGGAUCUAGAACUAGUUAUUAAUAUUAGUCCAAACAUGAUUAUUGCGUAGGGAUCAUUUUGUGGAAUUCUCAAAUCAAUUAAAGGACAAAAUUGUAAGGAAUAAAGAUUCAAUGUUCUAGAUUGCAACUUGCUGAAAUAUAUGGCUUAAAAUGAAUAAUAUUAUGUUUAAUGAAAAUAUUUGUGCUGUAAAUGAUAUUGUAACGAAUAUUAAAGAAACAUUAUUGAUAUGACAUUUAAUUGGAAUUGAAUCUAGUAGUUAAAGAAUAUUCAAUGAAUGGUGGAAGAAUCUAUUAGAUUUUCUAAAAUUUCGAUGAUAUCAUUGUAGUUAGGUUGGAUACCCCUUCUACUCAUUCAAUUAAUUUACUCAUAAAAUUUGUUUUGAAAUAUUCAAUAAAUUUAUAUUUUGAAAUAUUUUCCAUUAUAUCUUAUCUUAUAUUUGUUUUAUUGAUGAAAAUAAAAACAUGAAACGUAUGAAAUUUGAUUAUUCUCCAUGGAAAAACAAGGCCCCCCUAAUUUUUGACUAUAGAAACCAAGAGUGUUUCCAGGCAAAUGCAAGUUUUUGACUAGUUGGAGAAGAUGAUCUUGGAUAUUACCACCAAACAUCUAUAUAAACAACAGUUUUCAACAAUUCUUUAACCAACCUCGUACUAAAAGCCUAGGAAUAAUAUCUUCUGUUUAUCCAUAAAAAUGGGAUAUCUAAUUGCUAUAGCCAUGUUGAUUUUCACUAUUAUGAUAAUGACAAAGAUUUGGAGAAUAUGUGUAGUUCUCUUUUGGAGGCCAUAUGCAUUUACUAAGCACUUUCGAAAGCAAGGAGUCACGGGGCCACCAUCUUACUCAUGUGUUCAUGGUUCUCUUCAUGAUAUCAAAACAAUGAUGAAGGAUGCAAGAAAAAUGAUUAUGGAUAAACACUCACAUGAUAUUACUCAAAGGGUUCUUCCUCACUAUCACAUAUGGUCCUCCUUAUAUGGAGAGAGAUUUCUAUAUUGGUAUGGAACAGAACCAAGGAUUUGCAUAACUGAUGCAGAGCUGGUGAAGGAGAUUUUAUCCAAUAAAUUUGGUUUCUAUGAAAAACGAAAAGUAAGGCCUUCAACAGUAAAAAUGAUAGGAAAUGGGUUAGUUCUACUGAGAGGAGUGGAUUGGGUUAAGCGCAGAAGAAUACUCAAUCCUGCUUUCUCCAUUGAUAAACUCAAGGUUAUGAUGAGUAGAAUGGCAGCAUGUACCAUUUCCAUGCUAGAUGAAUGGAAAAGGCAAUUAGACAUUAAAGCAAAGAACACAUCAUUGACGAUUGAGAUGAGUAAAGAAUUUCGAGAACUAACAUCUGAUAUAAUAGCUCAUACUUCCUUCGGUACAAGUUUUGCUCAUGGAAAAGAAGCCUUUAAUGCGCAAACACAACUUCAACACCUUAUCGUAGCUUCAAGCUCUGAUGUUUUCAUUCCUGGCACUCAAUAUUUUCCUACUAAGUCAAAUUUGGAGAUAUGGAAGCUUGAUAGAAAAAUGAAAAAAUCACUACAAUAUAUUAUUGAAAGUAGGUUGAAUUCUCAAUCAGAUUGCUCCUCUUAUGGAGAUGAUCUAUUAGGCAUAAUGAUGGAUACAAAAAAUGAUGGUCCUAAUAAGCUGAACAUGAAUGAAAUCAUGGAAGAGUGCAAGACAUUUUUCUUUGCUGGUCAUGAAACCACCUCAAACUUACUUGUUUGGACUGUCUUUUUGUUGAGUUUGCAUAAAGAUUGGCAAGAAAAACUCAGACAAGAGGUCAUGCAGAUUUGCGGCAUGGAAAUUCCUGAUCCUGAUAUGCUAUCAAAGUUAAAAAUGGUGAAUAUGGUGUUGUUGGAAGUAUUAAGAUUGUAUUGUCCUGCAAUAGAACUAGAAAGAAUGGCUUCAAAAGAUAUGAAACUAGGAAAUUUGAUGAUCCCAAGAGGAACAUGCCUCAUGAUCCCAAUUACAAUGAUUCAUAGAAGUAAAGAAUACUGGGGUGAAGAUUCAAACAAGUUCAAUCCAAUGAGAUUCAUAAAUGGAGUUUCUAAGGCUGCAAAACACCCAAAUGCACUACUUGCAUUUUCUGUUGGUCCAAGAAACUGCAUUGGUCAGAAUUUUGCUACGAUGGAAGCUAAAACAGUGAUGACUUUAAUUCUUCAGAGGUUUUCUUGGUCUCUUUCUCCUGACUAUCAACAUGCACCUGUUAAUAACCUUACUUUGCAGCCACAACAUGGUCUUCCCAUCAUUCUAAAACCAUUGCAGUUAUAAGUUCUUUUCUUCUUCAUUGUAUGUCUAGCAAAUGUUUCUACAUCUAGAUUGGAUUUUAUAUAUUGAGAUGAAUAGUACAUUGUGAUAUUGCAUCCUAUAUUAUAGCUAUAUUCUCUUUGAAUAAAUUCCAACUUAUAGCUAUUGAUUUAUAUCAAAAUG